CUCCCCGGGUUCAGUCCUAGAGCACCAGCUGGUGAGCAAUGCAAGGAGCAGACUUGUAACCGACUUACAUCAUCUUCAUCAUGAAGAUAGUCCCGGUGCCAGUACUUCUGACCCUGGCUCUUUGCCUCAUACAAGAUGCUGCCAGUAAGGAGGAAAAUCAGGAAACAUGCAAUAAUUUUCGGGUAUUCAUGAAAAAUGGGAAGUUGUUUUGUUCCCAGGAUAAAAAACUUCUUAAAUUCCCUGAUGAAAUAGUCUUCCUCAAAAAAUGUGCCAGGUGCAAAAUAGUACUGGAAAAAGAAGCAAAAUCCCAGAAAAGGGCCAGGUAUUUAGGAAGAGCCACCAGGGCCACUGCCCCAGCAAAGAUGAAUUGUGAUGAUUUCGAGAAAGGAGAAAGAGAUGGGGAUUUUAUCUGUCCCUUUGAUAUUGCAGCUGUCUGUGGCACAGAUGGGAAAACAUACAGCAACAGGUGUGCACUGUGUGCUGAGAACAUUAAAACCAGGUCCCAAGUUGGCAUAAAACAUGAAGGGGAAUGCAAAGGCAGUAAUCCAGAGCAGGAUGUGUGUAGUGCUUUUCGGCCUUAUGUGAGAGAUGGAAGACUUGGAUGCACAAGGGAAAAUGAUCCAGUUCUUGGUCCUGAUGGAAGGACACAUGGCAAUAAGUGUGCAAUGUGUGCUGAGCUGUUUUUAAAGGAAGUUGAAGAAAAUGCCAAGAAAUAUAAUGAAACCAGAAUUCGAAGAAGUGCUGAAAAGGAUUUUUGCAAAGAAUAUGAAAACCAAGUGAGGAAUGGAAGACUUUUCUGUACACGGGAGAGCGACCCAGUCCGUGGUCCUGAUGGCAGGAUGCAUGGCAACAAAUGUGCCCUGUGUGCUGAAGUUUUCAAACGGCGUUUUUCAGAAGAAAGAAAUAAAGCAGAUGAAAACCUGAGAAAGGCUGAAGAAAAAGUUAAAGUUAAAAGAGAAACUGAGAAACUCUGCCGUGAAUAUCAGAAUCAUGCAAGGAAUGGAAUGUUUUUCUGUACCAGAGAAAAUGACCCCGUUCGUGGUCCAGAUGGGAAAAUGCAUGGCAAUUUGUGUUCCAUGUGUCAAGCUUUCUACCAAGCAGAAGCCGCAGAAAAGAAAACGGCAGAAGCAAAACGUAAAAGAGAAUCUGAAAAAGCAGCCUCAUUUUCAGAGCUGUGCAGUGAGCAUCGCAAGUUUGUGAAGAAUGGAAAACUCCCUUGCAUCAGAGAGAACGACUUCAUCCAAGGCCCUGAUGGGAAAAUCUAUGGCAACACCUGCUACAUGUGUGAGGCCUUCUUCCAAGCAGAAGAAGAAGAAAAGAAAAAGAAGGAAGCUGAAUCAAGAAAUAAGCGACAAGAUGGGAAUACAACUUCCUUUGAGGACUUGUGCAGUGAAUUCCGCAAAUCGAGGAGGAAUGGACCACUCCUCUGCACCAGAGAGAACGACCCCAUCCAGGGCCCGGAUGGGAAAAUGCACGGCAACACCUGCUCCAUGUGUGAGGUUUUCUUUCAACAAGAAGAAAGAGCAAGAGCAAAGGCUAAAAGAGAAGCUGCAAAGGAACUCUGCAGUGAAUUUCGGAACCAAGUAAGGAAUGGAAUACUCCCCUGCACCAGGGAGAAUGACCCUGUCCGUGGCCCCGAUGGCAAAAUGCACGGAAACAAGUGUGCCAUGUGUGCAAGUGUAUUCAAACUUGAAGAAGAAGAAAAGAAAACUAAUAUCAAGGAAGGAGAGGAGAAAGUUGAAGCUCAGAAAGUUAAGAGAGAAGCAAUACAGGAGCUGUGCAGUGAAUACCGUAAAUUUGUGAGGAACCGACGACUUUUCUGCACCAGAGAGAAUGACCCCAUCGAGGGCCUUGAUGGGAAAAUCCAUGGCAACACCUGCUCCAUGUGUGAAGCCUUCUUCCAGCAAGAAGCAAAAGAAAAAGAAGAAGCUGAAUCCAGAAUAAAAGUUAAGAGAGCAGCUGAAAAGGAUAGGUGCAAUGAAUAUCGGAGCCUUUUGCAAGAUGGAAAUCUUUUCUGCACACGAGAAAAUGAUCCUGUGCGUGGCCCAGAUGGCAAGACCCAUGGCAACAUGUGUGCCAUGUGUAAAUCAGUCUUCCAGAAAGAAGAUGAAGAAAGAAAGAGAAAAGAACAGGAAAGUCAGAGAAUUGCUACAGGGCAUGAUGCCAAUGGUGGUGAAAGCGGGAAAGCUCAGGACCAAUGUGCUGAGUUUCGGGAAAACAUGAAAAAUGGAAGACUCAGCUGUACCAGGGAGAGUGAUCCUGUACGUGAUGCUGAUGGCAAAUCAUACAACAAUAAGUGUACCAUGUGUAAAGAGAUACUGCAAAGAGAAGCAGAUGAAAAAAACAAGCAUUCUGGCUCCAGAUCAAAUGGGACUGAAUCGGCAUCAGGAAAGGAUACGUGUAAUGAGUUUAGAAGCCAAAUGAAAAAUGGACAACUUAUCUGCACUCGAGAAAGUGACCCUGUCCGGGAUUCAAAUGGCAAAACACAUGGCAAUAAAUGUGCUAUGUGUAAGGAAAAGCUGGAAAGGGAAGCAGCUGAAAGAAAAAAAGAGGAAAAUAAUAGGACAAACACAAGAGAAAAGAACAAUGAAAAACAGGAUCAGUGUCAUGAAUUUCGGAGCAUGGUGAGAGAUGGAAAGCUCAUCUGCACCAGAGAAAAUGACCCAGUUCGAGGUCCAUAUGGCAAGAUGCACGUCAACAAGUGUGCAAUGUGUCAGAGCAUCUUUGAGCGAGAAGCUGGUGAAAGAAAAGAGAACGAUGAAGAAAAACCACAUGACCAGUCUUCAAAUGAUGCAAAGGACCAGUGUGGUAACUUUCGGAGAUAUAUGAGGAAUGAUGAGCUCUUGUGCACUCGAGAAAAUGAUCCCGUGCGAGGAGCUGAUGGGAAGUUAUACAAAAACCAGUGCUACAUGUGCAGAGAUGUCUUUCAGAAAGAAGCUUUGGAAAGGGCAAAACUUCAAGAAAAGCCAUCGCACAUUAGAGCUUCUGAAGAGGAUUCCCGUAUUUCUACUCUGGAUUCUGAGAUGUGCAAACACUAUCGAGUAUUGCCCAAGAUGGGUUACCUUUGCCCAAAGGAUUUACAUCUUGUCUGUGGUGACGAUGGCCAGACAUACAACAACCCCUGCAUGCUCUGUCAUGAAAACUUAGUGCACCAAACUAAUACACGCAUACGCAGCGAAGGGAAGUGUGAGGAGACUAGCACCCAAGGAACACCACCACCCAGCAUGCCAGCCUCUGAUGAAUGAUGCGAGGAUUGGCGACAGCCGUGAGGGAAAGUGUAUGCCCCAAUUCUGAAUUGCCUACCUUCACCAACUGUGUAUACAAAGAAUUCUUCGGAGCUCGUCUUAUUAACUAUAGAAAACAAUAGAGAGCUGUUGAGGGGAAUGUUCUCACUGACUUUCAGUCUUUUCCAUCUCUUUCCUCCUCAAUUCUGUGAUUGGAGGACACAGACAUCUCCACCCAGUCUGUGCUCUAAAAACCUCCCGAUCACAACGCUGUCUGUCCAACUACUUGUUCAAUAAAAGCACACCCAGCAGAA